AACUACCUACCACCCUUUCCCACCACCAUUCCUCUCUCUCUCUCUCUCUCUCUCUCUCUUUCCUGAUUCUUUGUUUUUGUGUUGGCGAUUGCAUUAAUGUCCGCACCACACAAGAAAAAUUACUGCGCAAAGACAAACUCCUAAGCUCAACUCCACAGCGUUAAAACCACACAACCAAUUCCUACUUGCUCUACUUUUGUAUAGUAUAAGUAUAGUGUACAGGAUUCUCCGUCACGUUUCUGUUUUACUAUUCUGUCCACAUACUCAACCAACCACUACUACUCUUCUUUUCUUUGCGUGUUUUAGUUCAACACCUGAAGCUCCCAAACCCCCCCAGUAAUUAGGAGGGGAAAAGGAAUUUCAAGAAUUUCUGUAUUCUUUCUUUCCGAUUUCAGAAACCCAGAAUUUUCUUUUCUGGAUUUUAGUUUCAGUUGCAUUCACUUCCAGGAUGUCGAGUUUGGAGGAGCCCCUUGGUCUCGACAAGUUGCCAAGCUUGAGCAAUAUUGAUCGGCUUUAUAGGUUCUCAUCCAGUGCAUGCAGGCCUAUCAGAGAAGAUAUGGGAAUGGGAAACUGCUGGAUUGAAGGGAGAAGUUGCAGCUCAUCUAAUAGCUGCAAUGAAGAUUUUGAAGAUAACACAGAAGAACCUGUUACGUGGAGAAGACAAAGGAGAAACUCAUUGCAAAGAACUUCAAGCCUAGGUAGGAGUUGUGUGGCUUGUGGAACCAUGAGGGAUUUGCACUACUUGUCCAAUUAUCAGUGUCGAUCCUACUGCAAUGACAACUGCACAGGAGAAUUGAAAUAUAAGCUUUUCAAAGACAUACCAAGAUAUGUGAAGAUAGUGGAAGUUGGCCCCAGGGAUGGAUUACAAAAUGAGAAGACAAUCGUCCCUACAUCCGUCAAAGUCAAAUUGAUCCGCAAAUUAGUUUCUUGUGGCUUGCCCGUUGUUGAAGCUACAAGUUUUGUUUCACCAAAGUGGGUGCCACAGCUGGCAGAUGCAAAGGAUGUCAUGGAUGCAGUUAAGAAUUUGGAAGGUGUUAGAUUGCCUGUGCUGACACCCAAUCUUAAGGGCUUCGAAGCAGCUGUUGCAGCUGGUGCAAAAGAAGUGGCUGUGUUUGCAUCAGCUUCUGAGUCAUUUUCGAAAUCGAAUAUCAACUGCAGCAUUGAAGAGAGCCUUGCUCGUUAUCGUGCUGUAACUUCUGCUGCCAAAAAGCUUUCAAUUCCUGUGCGCGGGUAUGUCUCGUGUGUUGUUGGCUGCCCAGUUGAAGGAUUUAUCUCUCCAUCAAAAGUUGCAUAUGUAGCAAAGGAACUUCAUAACAUGGGUUGUUUUGAGAUUUCACUUGGAGAUACAAUUGGAGUUGCUACACCUGGUACUGUUCUCCCUAUGCUUGAAGCUGUGAUGGCUGUUGUCCCUGUCGAGAAACUAGCUGUUCAUUUCCAUGACACCUACGGCCAAUCUCUUCCUAAUAUUCUGUUAUCCCUCCAAAUGGGAAUCAGCACGGUGGAUUCCUCAGUUUCGGGUCUAGGAGGGUGCCCAUAUGCCAGGGGAGCUUCUGGAAACGUUGCCACAGAGGAUGUCGUCUACAUGCUUAACGGUCUUGGUGUGAAAACCAAUAUUGACAUGGACAAGCUCUUGUCAGCUGGAGAGUAUAUAAACCAGUAUCUGGGCCGUCAAUCAGGCUCCAAGACAGCCGUUGCACUGAGCCGUAUCAAUGCAGAUGCCUCCAAUAUUUGAGACGUCUGAUGUUGGGAGAGACGAUCACCUCAACGCUUUCCAUUGACCAUAAUGUCACGCUGAGGAACAUAGCUAUAUUAUCGUUUAAACGUUGAUAUGCUGCUCCAAGCAGCAGUCUGCUUACUGCAAAAGAAAUGAUACCUCUUGAAAAUAUGAAAAUUCAAGAACCAUUUUAUUGUUGUACUGGCAUAUGAUUAUGCAGAAGUUAGUAACUUUUAUCACUGUGUGGGAGCUAGUUCAAUUACUUGCAUUUCCCCUUUGGCCGUCGGGAUUUUCUAUCACAUUUUGAUAUUACGCGA